AUGAAGGGCGUAAACGACUUCAUGCGAAAAGUGAACGACGUAGAAAAAAUGAAAAGGUACUUGUCAGACCACAGCGCGUCCAUAAAAAUAUACUGCUUCUUCCUGCUGAUCGUAUUUGUAUUUUACCACUUAUUUUCCGAUGGAGAUUUUUCCUUCCUGUUAACCUUAUCGUCGGUGAUUAGCAUGUUUUCCUUCCUCAUGGUUUUCGUGAAAAUCGAAAUGAAAAAGUCUUGUGCAGGGGUGUCUCUGAAGAUGAUGGAAUGUUACGUUGUCUUGAAUACCGCCAGACUGUUCUCCAUCGUACCAUUCGAAGGAUACCUGCCAUACGAUCGAAGUGGGGAUUGGCUUUACCAGCUGGUCGAAGCCAUUUCACUAUUCAUCAAUUGCUGUAUCGUGUACCUGUGCAGAUAUAAAUACAAAAACAGCUACGACAGCACGAACGAUAUUUUUAACAACCUCUUUUUAAUCAUCCCCGCCUUUGUCAUCGCUAUUUUUGUGCACCCCUCGCUCAACUCCUUUUUCCCGGCUGAUGUCGCCUGGUCAUUUGCCCUGUACCUGGAGUCCGUGUGCGUGCUACCGCAGUUGUCCAUGUUUCAGAAGGAGGGCAAAGUGGCAGCUUUUACCACCCACUUCUUGGCCUCACAAGCCCUUUCAAAGGUUUUGUCUUUCCUCUUCUGGAUUGUGUCACAUAAAGAGUUGAAUUCCUCGGACAACAUCAUCAAGUCGUAUGUCGGCGUGUGGGUCGUAAUCAUGCAAAUCGUCCAACUGGUGCUUAUGGGAGACUUCAUAUAUCACUACAUUCGAUGCCUGAGCAAGGGAGUCUCCUUUGACAACCUGUUAAAUGAAAAUGUGUGA